GGGAGGAGAGAUCAUCAUAAAAUAAACCAGGAGCGAUUCUGGCAGCGGUAGUGGCGCUCGCACUCUUCUUCCCACGUACCGCUUUAGCCGACCACCACAAAUCCACACAGUGACAAUAAUUCAUCUCUGCUUGCAACCACAACACCACACCACACUAUCUACCGGACUCUCGCUUCAGUGUUGCUACUUUUCGUUUAAAAUACGCUCUGGAUUAGCGAGGGACAGCACAAUAUCCGGGGGCUACCACGACUCGUUCUUCUCCCCUCAUAAUCUGAAUGACGGGCGGACGGUUCGAUUUUGACGAUGGUGGCACAUAUUGCGGUGGCUGGGAGGAUGGAAAAGCCCAUGGGCAUGGCGUCUGUACCGGGCCCAAGGGCCAAGGAGAAUACUCCGGGUCCUGGAACAAUGGUUUUGAGGUAGUGGGGGUGUACACCUGGCCCAGUGGAAACGUGUAUCAGGGUUACUGGGCACAGGGGAAACGACACGGAUUCGGUGUGGAAUCGAAGGGAAAAUGGAUUUAUCGUGGUGAAUGGACUCAUGGAUUUAAAGGUCGAUACGGGGUCCGGCAAAGUCUCCACACGCCUGCUAGAUACGAUGGGACAUGGAGUAACGGUCUGCAAGAUGGAUAUGGAGUUGAAACGUAUGGUGAUGGAGGUACGUACCAGGGGCAGUGGACAGGAGGGAUGCGACACGGAUAUGGUGUGCGGCAAAGUGUACCUUACGGGAUGGCUACGGUUAUUCGCUCGCCUCUUCGAACCUCGCUGGCCUCGCUCCGCAGCGAACAGAGCAACGGCACCGUCCUCCAUGCCAACCUCGACCUGUCAGACAACCUUGCCGGCACCAGAGGAGGCUUUGUUCUCAACUUCCACAGCGAAGGCGAAGGUGAGAAGAAAAAAGGCCUGUUCCGAAGAGGGUCCCUGUUCGGCAGCCUCAGAAACCUCAGAAAGUCUGACUCCAGGUCGUCCAUAUCAAGCAAACGCAGCUCCGCCCGCAGCGAUGCCGCCAGCUCCAUCAGCCGAAUCAGCUCCAGUGAUGCCAAUUCCACCAUCAGCUUCGGAGAUGGAGUUGAUGAGUACAUGCCCCUGGAGGACAAUGUAGAUGCCACCACCACUGAGUCCUACAUGGGGGAGUGGAAGAACGACAAGCGGAACGGCUUUGGUGUCAGCGAGCGCACCAACGGGAUGAAGUAUGAGGGAGAGUGGAUGAACAAUAAACGCCACGGCUACGGAUGCACAAUGUUCCCAGAUGGCACCAAAGAAGAGGGGAAAUAUAAAAACAAUGUGUUGGCGCGAGGCAUCAAGAAACAGCUCAUUCCUCUCAAAAACACCAAAACUAAACAGAAAGUGGAUCGGGCUGUGGAAGGAGCCAUACGGGCAGCAGCUAUUGCCAAAACAAAAGUAGAAAUAGCCACUUCAAGAACGGCUCACGCCAGGACUAAAGGUGAUGCUGCUGACCAAGCCGGUCAGUCAGCCAGUCAGGAUUCAGACAUCGCCAGGGCAGUGGCCAGGGAACUGUCUCCCAACUUCCAUCAGCCAGGCCCUGAUUAUAUAAAGCAGAGGUUCAAUGAACCUAUUGAACCUAUUGUCCAAGAGGAGAAGAAAGAGAAGUCCUCCUCAAGCAGCCCUCAUUUCUACCGUAAAGGCACAACCCCAGACCACUCUCCCACUGCGACUCCCCAGCCCUCUCCCCCACCAACACCCCCACCAGCGCCAGCCCCAGAGCCCAAGAAGAGCCUCUUCAGCAAGCUCACCCCCAAGCCAGGGAAAGAGAAUAAAACCCCUUCAGCAGAGAGCCAGGCCCCGGUCAUCACAAAGGCAGUCUCUAAGACAUCGUUGAAACAGGAAGUAAGACAAGAAGUGCCUCCCCAACCGAAAACUUUCAAGAUGGCGGAGUCGGUCCCCGUCAGCCCUGGCAAUGGACAGCUGCACACUGACACUGAGUACCACGGCUACUACAUGAAGGCAGACGUGAAGAUCCCCCCAGAUGAACCUGAGGGAGUAGAGGAGGAGCAUGUUAGCCCGUCCACCUUUGCCCAGAUGCCACAGCCCGCAAAACCUAUGACGCAAUACAGGACACCCACCCCAAAACCUGGAGCGCCAAAGUCAGCAGCCAAAGAAAGCAAACCUGAGCUAACACUUAAGAAACAAGAUUCGUAUAAGCCAAAAAGCCUAGCGGAAACUAGGAAACAAGCCAGCUUGGAGAUCACCACGGAUUUCGUAGAGGAAGAGUCAGGUCCUAACUCAAUACUGGUUGCCCUUGUAAUGCUGUUGAAUAUUGGUCUAGCAAUAAUUUUUAUCCAUUUUUUAACCUGACGGAAUCUGAACUGAGUGAACUCAUCAAAACUAGUGGCAUAGGUCCCUAACUCUCUGCAUUUGCGUCAACGGCCUUUAAAAAUGGCACCGGUCAAGCACAGACACAGGCAAAGGAGGACUGUAAAUAGUGUGAAACAUUGGAGAAAGAUGAGACCAGGACCAUUCGGCCCAGACGCUGCCCAGUUUCGCUGGCGAUGAUUUGUGACUCGCUUUGGUUCUGUGAAAGCUGAAGCAAGCAGUCAUUGGGAAAGCAACAAAAAAACAAUCUGCUGAUCCAAGCUGUUUACCAGUCAAGUGCGUUGCCACUUCAUAUGCCCUGACAGGGGGGAUGUGGAGGGGGGUGGGCAGGGGGAUAUGUUCAGAGAUGCACUUUUAGUUGACAGAAGCUAGCAGCUGCCUUACUAUUUUACCAUCUGACGUUUUAGUGGGGAGAUGCAGUGCACAAGGCUGCCAGAGGAAUGUGUUUCGGCAGACUUUGCUGCCUUGGGAGUGCAUCUCGGUGUUCACUAUACUAUUCACUUGGUCGAUAAGAAAUCAUACAUGAUUCGAAGUGGCACUCACCAGUCUUAUUCCAUUCCCCACUGCUAAAGCCUUGUCUAACUUCUCAUGUUAGGACAUGCUUGUGCAUGGGGCUGUUUCAACUGCAUCUGUUUUAUGUAUUAGUUAGUAACUGUUAGGUUUUCCCUUUGUCCGUUUAUCCUUAGGUAUUACAAAUUAUUAAGAUAAGAUAGUAUUUAUUUAAGUCUAGUCCAUGCAUUUCUCAAACUUUUUGAAGAUCCUUCAAAUUCAAAGGAAUUUCCAUAAAGCCUAUGUUACACAAAUCAGUUCAUUUGAGGACAUAUUUCUAAAUAGUCAAAUUUGAGAGUAAUUUAUAUGCAAUUGAAGUAUCUUAGCAGUAUACAGGCACAGAUGUUUUUGACUAAUCAGCUAUUGGCUGGAGGCUGGCUACAUAUAACACAAACAAAUAAGAUGACAUAGUUAACCAACACUGAGAUAAAAAAAAAGAGUAGACUUAAUUUGAAGAUGUUAGUAAUUUAGAGCUAAAUUUGGGAUAUUGAAUAAUUUUCCGACUGAUUCAAUAAAACACAUUUUUAUCUAUCUAUCUAUCUAUCUAUCUAUCUAUCUAUCUAUCUAUCUAUCUAUCUAUCUAUCUAUCUAUCUAUCUAUCUAUCUAUCUAUCUAUCUAGUGAUAAAGUUUGUUAACAUGGCUAGUCAUUCACACAGUGUACUUUAUGUAUACUGACCCUACAGUAUAUUGCACCAAAUUGGUUGCUUGUAAUUUGAUUGAUUUUAAGGCAAAGGACUGUAGUUUUGGGUGUGGUUUGCACUUGCAGAUAGAUUUUGCCAGUUUUUCUUGUGCAAUCAAGGAUCAAUGUGCAAACAUUUUUUAGUCUAAAGUGUUUUGUUAAAUAAAGGCAUAAUGCUUCAUUUUCAAAUGGAAGCAUAUGACUUUCCAAUUUCUUAUUUUUUUCCUAUUUUGUAGGAAAUAUGGCGUCCAACAUUGAUUUAUUGCCACAUGAAUAUAACAUACACAGUAGAUUGGCACAUGAAGAUAAUACAUAAGAAUAAAGUGAUUUGUUUGGUUUGAUUUUAAUUAGAAAAUAUGCAGUUGCAUCUUGUAGAAUAAUGUUGAGGAAUUGUUAGAUUUAAAAUAAAUAAAAACUGUGUGCACAGGUUGGUUGGUUGAUGCAUGUCAAAUUGUUUCCUUAAUAGUUUGGCGUCUUUAAUUUGGCCAAGCCAACACCACAGCUAGCCUACCAACACUGGACCUCAUACUUACUAACUUGCACGGUUGUGAAAGCAGCCCAAUGCUCGAAACCUACUCCGCAAUAACACCUUGUUAUGUGUGUUGAAUACAUUCAGGUAGAGUAAAUGGUUGGCUAAAUGUCGUAACAUUAGCAUGACGUUCCCGUUUACUAUGGAUAAGACAGUAGAGAGAGAGAGUCAUUGUCUUAAAUAUGUGAAAGUCUAAUUACUGUAUUCAAUGUCAUCAAUAUAAUAUUUUAUUUUUGUUGUGACUAGUUAGCUAAGCAUGCCUAUUCGGUUUUAUUUUUUGAAUAAUAAAUAUGUUCUGUUUGCUCAGUUAAAAUAGAAUGAAAUGUAUUAUAUUUAUAAAACUACAUUUUGGUAAACUAUUUGAUAGGUGUAGGAGAUGCAUUUUCACUGGUUAUGGUAACAUUUCCAUUUGCAACAAUGCUGAGAGUAUGGUAUGAGGAGGAUGUGAAGGAUGCAUCAGUUGGAAUUCAGGGCAGUAACAUUGAGAUGUUUUACAGAGGUUUGGUCAGACAGACUGCCACAGAGAGAAUGUGAGAUUGGAAGAAGAAAGCAUCAGAAGGGGAAAUGGCUCCAGAUAUGUUUAUUACUACUUUUCUGAGUGUAAAGUAAUAAAGAACAUUUAGAGCACAGAGUUAAAGGGCAAUUCCGCCACUUUAUUCCACCUCAUAUUCAUGAUCUCUUGCACCAUACCACCCACUGGGCACAGAUGUCAAGUCAACGUCUUUUCCACAUUGGUUCAAUGUAAUUUCAUUGAAAUGACAUGGAAAGAACGUUGAUUCAACCACUAUGUGCCCAGUGGGCAUUGUCUACAUAUAUGAAAACGGUGCAUUUCUAUGAUCCGUGGUUAAAAAGAGGAAAUGCCUAAAAAAAAAAAGCUUCUCUAUGACAUCACAGGGUAGGACUAAAAGUAAGAAAAACUGUGAUUUUCAAAACUUGUAACGAGUUUGUAGCCAGAGGGAGGGUAUUUUCUUGCUCCCAACGUCAACACAAAUCUCAUAGUGUUUGAAAAUCACUGUUUUUAAACUGUCUUAACUUUUGAUGUCAUCAGGUGGAGCUUUUUACUUCAUAUUUUUUCUACUAAAUAUAGAAAUGUGCCGUUUCCACAUCUGUAGACACUGGUAUUGUGCUGGAGAUAAUGAAAAUGAGCUUGAAAAGUGGGUGGAGUUGCCCUUUAAAGAGCACAGGCAAAGUUGAAAGAACCACAAUGAAUGAUCAAUAAUUAAUUUUUCUUGUCUAAACUGUAUUUGCACACAGCUAUGUAUAAGGCUAUUUUCUACUAAUUGUACCUGAUGCUACAUUUUUUUUGGCCAAAAUUCUGAGCUGUUAUUACUGUUUAAAGGCAAAGGAACAGUCUAUUUAUGUAUGAUUGUAUUUUUCUAAAAUGUUCUAAACUAUAUUUUGGAAAACUGGCCUGUAAACUUUUGGAAAAUGUAACUUACAAUUUGAUAGAUAUUUUUAAUUCGUGAUUUUAAUAUCAAUUCAAUAUUUGUGAACUGCUGCCAGGCUUACAAAGAAUAUAACUGAAUACAAAAUAAACAACAUUAAGCUAUA